AUGUUGUUCCUUGUAGUGUUUCUGGUGAAGAAAGUAGUGACUCUGAGCUGCCCUGCAAGUGAUGCUUUCCUUGUCCCACAUGAGUGGUACCAACCUGGGGACUUCGUCAUUGGUGGGAUGAUGUCCCAUAUCGUUUACAACCUUUUUCAAAUUAGUUUUAAGGAACCUCCUUGUAUAACAACUUAUGACAUACCGGAUGUAAUAAUCAAAUUCUACCAGCACAUCCUUGCCUUGGCUUUUGCUGUGAAGGAGAUCAAUGAGGACUCCCAGAUCUUACCUAAUGUUACUCUUGGGUUCCACAUCUAUGACAGUUACUACAAUUCAAGGAUGACUUAUCGCACCACCCUGGACCUGCUUUUCAAAUCGCAGGAAUUUAUCCCUAACUACAAAUGUGAUAGCCAGAAGAAUCUCAUGGCUAUCAUUGGGGGACUGGAUUUUGUCACAUCAUCUUAUAUAGCUGAAAUUACAGGAUUCUUCAAGAUUCCACAGCUGAUGUAUGGCUCAUUAGCCCAAGAGGAAUUUCAGACCAGUAAACUCUCUUCACUUUAUUUCAUGGUCCCCAAAGAGGACCAUCAGUACAUUGGAAUCAUCCAACUGCUUCAUCAUUUCAAGUGGACGUGGAUUGGGAUAUUUUCUUUUGAUAAUAACAAUGGAGAAAAUUUCUUACAGAAAAUGCAGCCCUUAUUUUCAGAGAAUGGAAUCUGUUCAGCGUUUAUAGAAAGGAUUCCUCAACAACUCCACUUGGAAAGAUUACCGGAAUUUUAUCAAACAAUCUCCAUUAUUUCCAUUAAUAUGAUAAAUAGCAAAGCCAAUGUGUUUCUUGUCUAUGGAGAAGCCUGGAUAAUUAUAUGGCUAAGAUUAGCAACAUUUCUAGUAGAUCCUGGAAGCAAGGAAAUUGCAUUAUUAAGAAAGGUGUGGAUCAUGACUGCACAGAUUGAUUUUGUAUUAUUAGGCACUCUAAUCAUGUUGGAUGUGAAGAUGUACAAUGGGGCCAUUUCCUUCACUGUUCACUCAACAGCAGUUGUAGGUUUCAAGGAGUUUCUUCAGACCAUAAAUCCUCUUUCAGACUACAGAGAUGGGUUUCGGCAGAAUGUUUGGGAGCAAUCAUUUGAUUGUUCCUUUCCAAAAGCAGAGUUACCAGAUAUACACAGUAGGAAAUGCACUGGGGAGAUGAAGCUGGAGGAUCUUCCUGCUCCUAUAUUUGAAAUGGAAAUGACUGGCCAAAGCUACAAUGUCUACAAUGCUGUUUAUGCUGUGGCUCAUGCUUUGCAGGCUCUACACAUGUUGGGUUUCAAUAGGAAGAAAACUAUGAUGGGUAAAAAGACUGAUCUUCCACAUCUGCAGGUUUCGCAGGUUCCUCCACUUUCUCGAUGCAAUGACCCUUGUUUACCUGGAUCCUGGAAGAAGGGGAUUGAGGGGGAUCAGUUCUGCUGCUAUGACUGUGUUCCAUGCCCAGAAGGGAAGAUUUCAAAUCAAAAUGAUAUGGAAGAUUGCUUUGAAUGUUCAGAAGAUCAUUAUCCAAAUCAAGAAAAGAAAGGAUGUAUCCUGAAACUGCUGAUCUUUCUAACUUUUGAAGAAACUUUAGGAAUGAGUUUAUCCUCAGCAGCUCUUUGUUUCUUCUUCUUGACAUCUUGGAUACUUGGAACAUUUAUCAAGUACAGGGACACGCCUAUUGUCAAAGCCAACAACCGGUCCCUCACCUAUACCCUCCUUGUCUCUCUUCUGCUUUGUUUUCUCUCCUCUUUCUUCUUCCUCAGCCAACCUGGAAAAGUGACCUGCCUUCUCCGACAAUCAAUAUAUGGUAUCACUUUCUCAGUGGCCAUUUCUAGCUUGCUGGCCAAAACCAUCACUGUGGUUGUGGCUUUCAUGGCCAUUAAACCAGGAUCACAGAUAAGGAAAUGGGUGGGGAAAAGAUUGGCCUUUUCUAUUGUCUUUUCAUGCUGCAUCAUUGAAGUAUGGAUUUGUAUUCUUUGGUUGUCAACAUCUCCCCCAUUCCCUGAGUUGGACAUGCACUCAGAACUCCAAGAAAUGAUUUUACAAUGCAAUGAGGGGUCAGCUUUCUUCUUCUACUGUGUCUUGGGCUAUAUGGGUAUCUUGGCCACUGCCAGCUUUAUUGUGGCUUUCUUUGCCCGUAAAUUACCUGACAGCUUUAAUGAAGCCAAGUUCAUCACCUUCAGCAUGUUGGCCUUUUGCAGUGUGUGGCUCUCCUUCUUUCCAGCCUAUCUGAGCACAAAAGGCAAAGCCAUGGUAGCUGUGGAGGUCUUCUCCAUCUUGGCCUCCGGUGCUGCAUUACUGGGAUGCAUAUUCCUCCCAAAAUGCUACAUCAUUGUUUUGAGGCCUGACCUCAACCACAGGGAGCAACUCAGAAAGAGAAAUUAG